AUGGAGAGUGACCCUAAAUUGCCAUCAACCUCUGGAGUUUCUCAAGCCACUCCCCUAACAACAGCCCUGCCUUCCCAGGCUGAUGCUGAAAAGAUAAGGCUAAAGCGUCUUGCAAAGCUACAGCAGCCAAAGGCAGAGCCUCAAAAUGAUCUAGCUGGACCUUCAACUUCUAUUCCGAAACCAGCAUCUAGUCCUGCAAAGCUGAUAAGUUCGGCCAUUAGUUCACCUAUUGCCAAGAAGAUCAAACAAAGCGAAGAAGUUGUGAGCAAACCCGUAACACCAACUUCAAAAUCUCAAAUGCCAGUAAAAUCGUUCGAGGAUUGGCAGAACGAUGCCAUCUCAAAGGUUUUGCAAAUCACUCUUGAUAAAUCAGCGGCCGAAAAAAGUUCAAAUCAAUUGAUCUAUCUGAAUUCUCUGGUGGCCGAAUUAAGAGAAGAAGAACCUGAGAACGCGUCGCGUCCUUUUAAACUAUCAGCGGAACUUAUUGAUCGUGCCUUGGUUUCUCGUUUGUCGAUCAAUCCUCAGGAAAUGAGUGAUGAUAAUGAUACUUUGAUUGCAAUUGUCAAUUUGCCAAAAAUCCCAUUAUUUGAUUAUUUAUUGGAAUGCUGGAAACGAGCAGUGGAAAUCAAACGAAAUUUAAUUUCCCGUGGAAAGUCAUUAGAUCCUAAGGUCUUGAAUCAGCGAGUGGCAGUGAUGGAUAAAAUCAAAGAGCUCACUGUCUCUUAUGCUGGAUUAGUUAUUCAGAUGCCCGACAUGUUUUCACAAUUUGACACAUUCACAGCAUUAGGUCCACAACAGCUUGUUCCGCGAUUAUUAGCUGACUCCGAUACAAAUGAAGGGUUACCGACGGAUUUUCUUCGGGAAUUCAUUAUUAGAUUUGAGCAAGAUGGUUUUGAAGAGGUGAGGCAUGAAAGAAGUACGGGCACGUUUAUUACUACUAUGAUAUUCGUCCCUGCACUUUUAGGGUUAGGGGUGCAUAUUCGUUCACAAAAUAUAUUAGGAGAUUUCGGAUCACCUUUACGUACAUUGACGUCCUUAACCGAAAUAAAGCAAUUCGCGUCUAUCCUUACAACCUUGGAAAUCUGGAAUCCGCCAAAUCUUCCUGCACGAGCUCUUGAAGUCGCAUCAUUUAUGGGCCCAUUUUGUAGACUUUCUGCAUUACCCACUGAUGAUGAGCCAACAAUUAUAGACAGUUAUGUUUCAAAUCCUCGUCAACGACAACAACAUGAGGUGGACUCUGCAAUUUCAAGCAUAAGAAUAACAUUGAAAGGGAUUCAAGAUACCCUCUUUCAAAUCUUCAAUAAUAUCGUGCGUUCACCAUCGCCAAAAGCUCGUGAAGCAGUUUUAAGUUAUUGGGCAACUAUAAUAAAAGUAAAUGAAAAGAGAGCUCAAAUGCAGGUCGAUCCUGCAAUAGUAGGCACUGACGGAUUUCUAUUGAAUAUGACUACGAUUCUUAUCAAGUUUGCUAGUCCAUUUAUUGAUAUCAACUACUCGAAGAUUGAUCGAAUUGAUGUUGACUAUUUUAGAAAAAGUCGUCGAAUUGAUAUAAGUCAGGAAACCAAAAUAAGCGCCAACCAACAGGAAUCUGACGAAUAUUAUAAAAAUGAACCAGAGAAUGGAGUAAAUUUCACUUCGGAAAUAUUUUUCAUCACGAUAGCCAUGCAUCAUUAUGGAUUCUUAAAUAUUCUGAAUAAAUAUAAUAAUCUCAUUAGAGACCUGAGUGAAGUUCAGAAGCAAUAUGAUAGAGCCAUGGCUGAACAUUCAAUAAUGAUGGCUUCGUCAUCAACUAGGAUGUUAAGCGAAGCCGUGCUUGAAAGGAGGAAGAUUCAAUUAGAUAAAAUGACGUCACAUAAACUGGCUUAUGAGACACAAGUUUUGGAUCAACGUCUACUAUCACAGUCGCUGGAGUUUUACAAUCUUUUGAUGACCUGGAUUGUGAGAAUAAUAGAUCCAAAAGGAAAACAUCCACAUGAAAUGAUACAGUUACCACUUCCUUCCACGCCACCACAACGUUUUGCAAUGCUACCAGAAUAUUUUAUUGAAGAUAUAACCGAAUUCUUUUUAUUCAUUUCAAGAUGGGAUCCCAUGGUGAUUGUACAAAAUUCUCGAGACGAACUUUUGACAUUCGUUAUCACAUUCUUACGUUCAUCGUCGUAUAUCAAAAAUCCUUAUUUAAAAGCUAAACUAGUUGAGGUUGAACAAACGGGGAUGCAUUCACAAUUUUAUGAUAAGUUUAAUAUUCGAUACAACAUUUCACAAAUUUUCAAGACCAUCUGGUAUAAUUCGGCACACCGUGAAAAAUUAAGGGAAGAAAGUCUAAAAAAAGAAUCCUUCGUUCGAUUUGCAAACUUACUUAUGAAUGAUGCAACUUAUUUAUUGGAUGAAUGUCUAACGAAGCUUGCAGAAAUUCAUAAUAUCCAAUUGGAAAUGAGAAAUACAGUAGAAUGGGAGAGCCGAUCACAGCAAAAUCGUCAAGAACGCGAAGGAUUUUUAAGGUCUUUAGAAAGACAAGCAACAUCCUAUAUGACAUUAGGAGAUGAAACAGUACAAAUGCUCAAAUCUAUGACAGAAGAAGUGAUCGAACCAUUUCUUACACCUGAAAUAGUUGAUCGUCUAGCCGCUAUGUUGGACUAUAACCUCGCCUUAUUAGUUGGUCCGAAAUCGACCGAACUUCGAGUCGAAAACCCAGAAAAAUAUCGGUUUCGUCCGCGAGAUCUGCUCUCUGAUAUUCUUGAUUUAUUUCUGAACCUGUGCGAGCGGCGCGAAUUCAUUCAAGCAGUCGCACGUGAUGGUCGAAGUUACCGAAAAGAAUUAUUUUCUAAAGCGGCUGCUAUCAUGCUUAAGCAUUCACGGAAAGACGAGGUAGACAUUAAGAAAUUAGAGAUGUUUGUGAAUCGAGUUGAGGAAACGGUCAAGUUAGAUGCAGAGAGCGAAGAAGAGUUGAAAGACGUGCCUGAUGAAUUCUUAGAUCCUCUUAUGUGUCAUCUUAUGGAAGAUCCUGUUAUUCUUCCUGAAUCUCGGAAGACUGUUGAUAGAAGUACUAUCACUACAAUCCUGUUAAGUGAUUCUAAAGAUCCGUUCAAUAGGAAACCGCUUUCCAUUGAUCAAGUAAUACCUG